UCUGGUGAGUCCCACUAUCGAAUCUGACUAAAGAGCGUUAUUCUGCGACGCGCCGAUGCACAUGAUAAUUGUCCCAAAUCACGACCCGUACUUUCAAUACCGGAAGUGUAUUUGUUUACGGAAUCCGGAAGAAAACAGAAGCUUUCCUAUAUAAUUAAUCUCACUGCCAAAUCGGUUUAGUACUAAAGAGAAACUAAAUGCGUAAUGUUAAAGUAAUUUACGUUGCUUGUGACGUCUUGUUCUGAAAGAUUCAGUAUUAACCAAAACCCAAAAUAAGCUAGUUUGCUAACGUUAGCAUCACCAAUUCGUUUAACAGCAGGUUUGGUGUGAUGAAUUAACCAAACGGCAUAUGUAGACAAAUAUGCGUAUAUGCAACCUGUAUAAGGUUGAGGGCACUAAAAACGAAGUGGAUAUAAUCUGAGGACAAAAAAUGCCUUUCUGGUACAGGCUUUGAAGUGUCAGUCGGAAGUUUCUUUCUCUUCCUUCUCAGAUCACAUAGCGGCGGUAAAAUGGCUGAGACUAUAGUAACGUUUCAGUCCCAACUUUCUGGUGUCAUGGAGACGGUCUUCAAGGCUGCCAUGUACGAGAUCACACGUCUGGUUGAAGAUAGUUUUUUGGAAGAGGUAACGCGGUGCAGGGAGCAGGUUGAAUCUCUGAAGAGGCGACUGAAGUGGUCGGAGAGUCGACGCAAAGACAGAGAGGGAGACAAGAAGGGGAGAUGCACUGAUUGCGGAAGAGUGGCUAUGUCGGAUGAGGACAAAUCCAGAACGACAGGGAAAAACCUGAAACAGAAGAGUGCUCUCCAAGAAGAAAUACAAGGUUCCCAGGGCACUGAUGGAGAGGCACCUUGUCAUGAUGUUGAAGUGGAGAAACAAGAGGCCCACAGUGCCACCAAGGCAGCAGAGUCACCACCUGUACAAGGUGAUAAGUUUGAUCGACUCUUCAAAGAGGAAGCUCUCCAGUCGCAAAGUUGGGAUGUUGCAUUAGAUGAAACCGAUUCACCAGGCCUGCCAGGGCCCAGUAAGCGUUUCAGUGACCAGAAAAUCCCAAAGUGCCAUGCAAACUGGGAAGCUGGCUUUGACCAGAGACCAGAAUCAAGCCACGAACAACACUCAGGAGACCCGUCUGAACCUCUUUUCCAAAGCAGGUAUGGACUGGAAGACUUAGGUGGCUUUGACAAGACAGGCUAUGGAGAUACUGACAUGAUAGACAUGGAUAACUUUGAUGGGUUUCAUGGCUCACCAUCCCACCUCGGUGGGAAUUUGAAUUAUGUGGAUCAGUAUGAUGAGGAUGUAGAAGGACCAGAAGGAACUGAGCAUCAGGCUUACCAGACAGGCGCCCAACGGAAUAGAAAAAAUGUGGUGAGUUCACCUGCAGGUUCGCCCUCAAGGACCAACCUAAAUGUAAGUGGAGAAUUUGGCUGUUUGCUCAUUAAUGAGGAAGGAUAUCUGCAGGACUCGAACAUCUUGUACCCUGAACAAGAAUCUGGUGAUCCAGGCAACAGAUUGCCCUUCCACGGUCCAGGCAUUCGAAAUGACCCGUCUAUAGAUAGCACAGAGGAUAUGUAUGGGCCCUCAGGUACAUAUAGUGAUAACCUAAAUUUGGGAGGGAGGUUGGACCAUCAGGCAGCUGGGAGAAGAGGGAGGAGACACACAUCCAACCAGUGCACCAUGUCCUUCCCUGAUUCAGCUUCACUCAAGGCCCGCAAACAGACACACAAAGGUAGCACACAGGGGCCCCCAUACCCCUGCAACCAGUGCGGAAAGACGUUCACUCAAGCCUGUAACCUUAAAGUCCACCAAAGGAUUCACUCAGGGCAGGGGCUUCACCUCUGCAGCCAUUGUGGCAAAGGUUUCCCUUCAUUUUCAGACCUAAAGACACAUAAAUGUGGUCAGACGGAUGACAAACCGUAUUGCUGCACCAUAUGCGGGAACAAAUUCAGCCGUCUCUGGAAUCUGAAGUUGCACCGGAGAAUUCACACACAGGAAAAACCUCAUCAGUGCAGCAUGUGCGAUAAGAGCUUUACACGGGCAGACAUAUUGAAGGUUCAUCAGCGUACCCACACAGGGGAAAGACCAUACUGCUGUGUUGUUUGUGGCCUCAGUUUCAAACGCCUAGAUCAUCUGAAGUCACACCAACGCAAACACAUGACAGAUCUAUAAUAUGUGGGAGAAAAUAGAAUAAAAUAUUGUGUUUGUAUAAGGAGGUUUUGAAAUGUCAAUGUUUACAUGUUACAACCAUGGAUGUUUUUUGGUCAGAUACUUUUUUUUUAUCUUCUCCUCAUUUGUAAUUCAAUAGAUUUUUGUUCAUAUGAAAAAUGUAUGGUAUUAAAUUAAAUUUCUUAUUUUUGAAGAAAUAAAAGUCUUAUUCUUACCUUGUACCAUUCUGCAUACUUAAAAUUAUUGCUUUGAGUAAAAUUGAAGAAGCUGAACCUCAUAUCACUUAACGUAUUUGUUAUUUGCACAUUCGUUAUUUAACAUAACUGGCUUAAGACACCAUUGGUUUUAUUGUUUUUUGUUUUGUUUUGUUUUGUUUUUUCUUUGUUCAACCUUCCCAACGACACCAACAAAUGGAGAGCAGUCAAGUAAAUACUGUGACAAAAAGGAAAAUGUGAACAUCUCAUGCAAGUACUGAAACUGCUGGGUCAAAAAUAAUGAGUUUAAUAAUGAGUGAUUAAUGAGUUACCAUUUAUUUCUAAUACAGACCAAAUGCUUCAUACAAUGGUAUACAGGAGCAUAAAAGUGAGAAAAGAGACCCAGUGGAUGAAGUGAGUGACGCUAAAGACACAUUAGAGAAAGAAAGGAAAAUUUUUGUGGUCAUAAAAAAACUUCUCUGGUCACUUCCCUUACUAUUAGUAUGAAACUUAAGACAUAGGUCUUAAAACUGAUUUGAUUUCACACUGUCAUAAAUGAAAGAGCCAGCUCCCAAGAUUAUUAAAAAGAUUCUGUGAUUAGAAAUAUGCACUGUAAAAAAAUGACAGCAGUAAAAGGUUGGACACAAAUAAAUUCCUUGUAUCCACUGAA